AUGUAUACCGGCAACAGCUCAUACUCAAGGUCUGCCCUGUUUUUGGAGAACAAGGGGGUUCAAAGUCAGUCUUUUCCCACCUCAGAGCACACACCAGAGCGAGGUCACCAGCCUCACGUGUGCUGUAAUAAGGACUGUCCUCAACACUGCCUGUCUGGUGGACGCAGAGACUGGCAUUGCCCUGUAUGUCUACAGACCGCUGUUUUCCCUGUGGAGACUAAUUGUGGACAUCUCUUCUGCGCUCCCUGUCUUAUAGCCUACUGGAGACAUGGUACCUGGCUAGGAGCAAUCAGCUGCCCACUGUGUAGACAAAAGGUCAGUGUCCUGUGCCAUCUGUUUAGUGAGAGCAGGACAGACAGAGAGGAGAAGCGGGUCAUGGGGGACAUUCGAGACUACAAUAAGCGUUACUCCGGAGCUCCUCGACGGGUUGCAGAUUACCUGUACGACACGCCCCUGUUCCUGCACUUGCUCUUGCGCGGAAUGGGAAACAUGAGCGGCCUGGUGUGGCUCUUCUUCUUACGGGUGGCGGUGUGCUGUUUCGGGGCGGUCAUGUCCCUCGCCUCCCCUCUGGAGGCCGUCCCGGAGCCCUUCUGCGGGGUGCUGGGGCUCCUGGACGACCUGGUGGUGGUCUUCCUGCUUCUGAUCUGCGUCCUCAACAUCAACCAGCAGAUGGGGACAGACAGGGCCGCCACCGCACGAACUGCUACGCGAGGCGUCCUCACGGACUCACUGUAG